AUGGAACAAGGCGUGCGGGUUUCCCCCGAAGUCGGCCUCGUGCACUACGCCACGCGUCGUGGCAGCAUCAAGAUGGAGGUCAAUGCCGAGUUUGUGGACGAGGUAUACGACGCGGUCGAGGCCCACGACGUGUACCGCGACCACUUUCUCGGCAAGACCAUCGUCAUCGUCCUGGACAACGCGCCUGCCCACUGCCAGACGGAGGAUCUCGUCCAACAGCGGGCGGAUCUGGAGUUGCUACGCCUAGGGCCGUACUCGCCUAUGUGUAACCCGAUCGAAGCUCGCAUCAAGGCGUAUCUGGGCUUGAGCCACGAUGAGAUGAUCAACGUGCCGCACGGCCAGAAGACGGAGCGUAGGAUGCGACUGCUCGAGAUAGCCGUGGAGCACUGCAUGCCUUGCAUUGACAUGCGCCUCGUUAACAAGAUGGCGCGACACUGUGCGCUGUCUGUCGCCGCUGCUAUUCGUAGCGAGCCCAUGGAGAAUGGAACUUAG